AUGGGUGGAUGCGACACGUUUUGCGCGAUGGUGUGCGCCUGUCUGUGCCCACCACUGGUCGUUAUGAUCAGUAGGGGCUGUGGAUGUGAUCUCGUGAUGAACGUAUUGCUCACUUUGUUGGGAUGGUUCCCGGGGUGUAUCCACGCGUGCUGUCUGGCGGGGGAUGACCGCCGGGAUGGCCACCAACUGUCACCAGUGGUCCACACGUCCGUCAACGUACAGAUGCCUCCGCAGCACAUGUAUGCGCCGCCACAACAGCCCUAUCCGAUGGCACCGCCAAUGAUGGCAUCGCCGGCCCCACCACCCUAUGGGCACCAAUACCCCGGUGGCGACCCCUCGGCGCCCGGCUAUCCCGACUACAAGAGCUAA